AUGUUGAAAGCGCUAAAAUUGCACUACGUUUGGAUAGAAAACCGCGUGAGCAAAUUUCCCCGCGAUCUCACCGCUUUGCAGUUUUUAUCCAUAAUAUCCGCUUUGACGCAGCUAUCUCCAGUCAGCAUCUAUCUGCAUUCUAAUACAAAUUUUUCUGGACCAUUGUGGGACAACGUUAAAACCCAAGUGCAAACAGUAGAUAUUCGCGUUCCGUACUUCUUGAACGGCAAGCCAAUUCUGCAUGUUCAACAUCAAGCCGAUUUUAUUAAAUUACAAGUGGCCUAUGAAACGGGCGGGUUUUUUGCUGAUUUCGAUAUAUAUUUCACCGGAAAUCGUGGUAAAUUUAUGCAGUUACUGCAGCAGUAUGAAUGCAUAUUUACCCCAUUUAAAAGAGAAGGCCGGACGCUGCUAGCCAUUGGAAAUUUCGCUUGUAAACCAGGCAGCCGAUUUAUUCAACAAGUAUUACUCGAGUAUGAGGUGAAUUUUCGUGGACAUACGAAAUGUUAUUCAAACACCGAUCCCGUGCCAUAUUUAUACAAUGGAUGCUUAUUUCCAUACGUUAUCUAUUUGCAGAACAAAGCCUAUCACAAGGCAAUUCGGCUGGAAAGAUCGUUGUUGCGGCUAUUUAAUAAAACCCGUCAUUUUUUGCAUGAAACUGGAAAGGUUAACUGGUCCGGUCAGUUGAAUGUGCACAGUGGCUACGAGGGAAAAGACAUGCAGAUGCGCGAUAUCUGGCGAUUGAAUUCGUCGUUUGGAGAAGUUUUGCGUUGUACCUACACAAAUUUCUUUCGAACUACUGCAUCCCGUAGUUGCUCCAGUGAUGCCAAGAAUUCAUAUCGUCACUUGUGCUACUCUUUCGAGAAUGUACAAAAGGAUAAUUUGCGUGAUUUGUCUGUUGCUCAGUAUUUGUCGGUCUUUUCGGCGGUACAUAAUGCAAAUGUAGACGCCAUCGAGAUCCAAUUCGAUGGCGGAACCGAGUUGUCCGGUCCGUAUUGGACGAGUUUGAAUCAUCUUGCAUCUCAAAGUGGUGUUGCAGUUUGUACACGGACGAUAUUCGCUGAGAAGGACAAGAGCCUAUCUGACCAUUGCAUAACAUCUAACCAUUUUUUUCUCGGUAAAAAUUUCGAGCAAAUAAGCAGCAAAAACAAUUUUUCCAGCGGACUGGAUUCUGAAUUAGAAUGGAUACCGCAUCCCACCGACAACGGCAAGAAAACAGCGGCAAAUGUUUCACAGAUGGCAAAUUAUAUGGGAAAAAUAAUGCUUGACACAAAGAAAGUCAUAAUUGAUAAAAACAUUUUUUCGCUAAACGAGAAACACAUUACUCUUGACUGGAUCCGGAAAAGCAAAAGUUCGUUGGGUCAACUGUUACGGCUGAUUUACUUUAACGAAUCAACUUCCAUCAAAGACAAUCUCUUGCACAAAUAUGCUUGCCCAUAGAGAACUUCAGAUUUUGCGUUGAAUUUUUUUCUUUUGCUAUGGGCGUUUUACUCUACAAAAAAAUGUAAUAACUGAUUCUUCAGUACUGGCCAUGGCUUAUUAAAUUAUAAAGGAAACUUUUAACAUUAGAAACUUCUCUUGUUAAAAUGUGCAAACGUAUUCAACAACUGCUGUGAUAUUCUAUUAUUAACGCAAACCUAUUCGAUGUCCCAGAAACCUCUGCUUUCGCACGUGUUAAACAUAAGUACUGGUUUUGUAAUCAAGUACACUCCGCUAUACUGGAUGAAUUUCGUAUUAUAUCAGCGUUUCAGAACGGCGACAAAGAAUCUUGCCAGACAUUUAUUUAUCGUGACUGGUUUUAUCUUCAUAAUGUGGCUGUUAUCGGACAGUAGUUCAUAUAGUGCGUCCCCUCUGACGGAGCUUCAAGAGAUCGAAAAGGUCAGUGCGGCUGACCCGCACCGCUUUUUGUUCAUGGAAUGGCAGCGCUCCUUUAAAAACAACGGCCUCGGCAAUCACCUGUUCUGGCUCGCAUCGCAAAUUGGAAUUACUAGUUAUAAUCA